AUGGCUACAACUACUUUGGCACCCCAAGUUUAUGGGGCAGAUGAAAUUGAUGCUGUAGUUUUAGAUCCUGGUUCGUAUACGACACGCAUAGGAUUUGGCGGCUAUGAUUCACCUAGUUUAGUUCUUCCAUCGUGCUAUGAGGAGAGGCCUAAGGAGGACUCAGAAGGUGAAGUUGUCCGGAUUUUUGACGAGAAUUCUCUGUACGCAAAACCGCAACCGAAUUCUACGAUCAAGUCAAUACUGAAGAAUAGCAUAGUGCAGGACUGGACUGGAGCUGUGGAGCAAUAUGAGUAUAUGUUUAAAAGGAUGGAUGUAGAUCCUCAUGAGCAGCCUUUACUACUUACAGAGUCCACUAUGAACUCGUACAAGAACAAGGUGAGGGCGCUUGAGGUAUUUUUGGAACGUGAGGAGUUCUGUGGGUUCUAUGCUGUGAAACAACCUACCUGUGUAUCAUUUGCACACGGAAGACCCAACUGUCUUGUUGUUGAUAUUGGCCAUGAUCUUGUAACUGCCACACCUGUGAUAGAUGGAAUAUGUCUCAAGAAGCAAGUCAUGGGUACACGGUAUGCUGGGGCUUUUGUUAACCAGCAAUUGGAGCAGUUUUUGGAGACGAAGAAGAUUCAAUACAACCCGAUUUACACGGUGAAGUCAAAAAAGGCUUCUUAUUGGGAGAACGAGAGUUCUCGGCCAGACUUUGAGAAGAGAACAUUAGACUACGAUGUUGAUUCAUCUGUAGGGAAGUUCAACUUAUCGAGAACAUUGCAAGAGAUGAAGGAAACGUUGCUAGAGUGCUCUCUGGAGGAGGAAUUUGAAGAGGAAACUAUUUAUUUUGAGUUGCCAGAUGGAUUAAACGUUCCGUUGAGCAAAUCCGAACGACAGAGUCUCUCCAAUUCCGUUUUCAAUCCUUUAGAAACGUUAGAAAAGAAUAUAAAGGGAUGGGAAGUUGCUCAUAACGGUAACAUCAUAGCCGAUAUAGGCAAUGGAAACGACAGAACAAGUAAAGAAUAUGUUCCAUUGAGAAGGUCAAAGAAACCAGAAGAAGUCAAGUUGUCCAAGGUUGAAGCGGCCAAAGCAGCUUUCAAAAAGGAAAAGAUUACCAGAGGAUUGGGUAUUUCCAGAUUGCUUCAAACGGUGUUGGAAAACCUGGAUGUGGAUUUGAAACCUCAGCUAGCGAAUAACAUCGUUCUUACUGGAGCUACUAGUUUGAUUCCAAGAUUAAACGAGAGAUUACACAGUGAACUUACGGCGAGAAAUCCUAGUCUGAAGAUUCGGAUCCACUCUGUUGGUAACACAACGGAAAGAAAGUAUUCGUCGUGGAUUGGAGGGUCGAUUUUGGCUUCUUUAGGAACAUUUCAUCAGCUUUGGGUGUCGAAAGAAGAGUAUGAGGAAGUUGGUGCGGAUAGAUUGAUUGUGAGUAGGUUUAGAUGA